AUGUCCGCCCCAGUCAAGUCCAGAUGGGCAGAAGAGGACCCCGAAGAAGAGGCGGCCAUUGCGCAGCGGAAACGCGAAAAGGAGGAAAAGAAACGCGCCAAGGCUGAGAAACAGCGCAAGCUCGAAGAAGCUCAAGCGCAACAAGCGUCUGCACAGCAGGAAGCCAGCCGCGCGGCCAAUGGUGAUGCAGAGAGGCCGGCGAAGCGUCGUCGACUCUCCGAUGAAUCGCGGACGCCUGCUGAAGUUGCUGAGGCCAAGCGUGCAGCUCUGCUGCGCUUUCCAGCGCCCGAAUUGGGACCUUGUCGGCACGUCGACAACUACGAGAGGCUGAACCACAUCGAAGAGGGCUCGUACGGACUGGUUUCGAGGGCCAAGGAUGUGGUUACGGGCGAAAUCGUCGCGCUCAAGAAACUUAAGAUCGAAAACUCGCUCGACGGGUUCCCCGUCACCGGCCUGCGAGAGAUCCAGACCCUCCAGCGAGCGAGGCACCCGAACAUCGUUAACCUGCGCGAAAUUGUGAUGGGAAACAAUAUGGACGAGGUCUAUCUGGUCAUGGACUUCCUCGAGCAUGAUUUGAAAACGCUGCUGGAAGAUAUGCGCGAGCCGUUCCUCCCUUCAGAGAUCAAGACCUUACUCCUUCAGAUUCUUUCUGCGACCGAAUUCCUGCAUUCGCACUGGAUCCUGCACCGCGAUCUGAAGACAUCGAACCUGUUGAUGAACAAUCGCGGAGAGAUCAAGAUCGCAGAUUUCGGGAUGGCCAGGUACUACGGAGACCCGCCGCCGAAGCUGACACAGCUCGUCGUGACGUUGUGGUACCGAUCCCCUGAGCUGUUGCUCGGGGCGGAGAAGUAUGGGCCAGAAAUCGAUAUGUGGAGUAUUGGCUGUAUCUUCGGCGAGCUCCUCACGAACGAGCCGUUGUUCCAGGGGAAGAAUGAAGUUGACCAACUAUCAAAGAUAUUCGCCGUCACCGGUCCACCAACGCAGCAAACAUGGCCGUCCUUCCGCUCUCUCCCCAACGCCAAAUCCCUCCGUCUCCCACCCAGUACCUCAUCGACAACCUCUGGCUCUGGUCCUCCAUUGCUUCCUCGCUCCAAAUUCCCCUACCUCACCAACGCCGGCUUGACGCUUCUCUCCUCCCUAUUGGCAUUGAAUCCAGCUUCUCGUCCCACGGCCGCAGAGUGCCUCCGGCACCCUUACUUCCGGGAAGACCCGCGACCAAAAGCGAAGGAGAUGUUCCCUACCUUCCCCUCCAAAGCGGGUAUGGAGAGGCGGCGACGACGGGCAACCCCAGAAGCCCCGAAACACGGCGAGGAAGCGCCGCGGCUGGAUUUUGCUGGCGUCUUUGGUGGCGCUCCCGGCGGGGAUGCUGGAGAGGCUGGGGCUGGGUUCACACUGAGACUUGGUUGA